AUGAGUCCAAUGCAAAAUAUGGUCUUCUGUACAAAAGCAAAGUUUUGUUUCCUGAUAGUCCUGGUUAUUUUGUUGGCGAUCAUUCUCGCAGCCUCUCUCCGUCGCAAAGAUGAAGAAGCUGACGAAGGACUGAAACUUGCCGGCAAAAAGCUCGAUAUCCCCAAACAUUACUGCGUCGUUCGAGCUUCAAAGUCGCUAUACAAAGAGACGAUAUCGUUCAAAACUAACGGAGAAGAAAUUUGCCACGUACAGAAAUGCUCUUCCUGUGAAACCAUCUGGACUUUUUAUUUGAUAAACACAGAAGACGAAAUCGCAGUUAUGGUGGAGAGGGAGUCCUCGCCUUGGGCGGACACGUAUCACGUUCAAGAACAAUGGAAAAUCAACGCCACAAGUUAUAAGAUAGAAUACAGUUGGAGCGGGCUUGAAAUGAACGAAGAUAUUUAUGUGAUCAAGAAUUUGAAGGGUUUUGAAAUUGCACGCUCUGAACAAUUUCCAUUAGAGUUUGGCAAAACGCUGACAUUAAUAGAUGCUAAGAGCAAUUCCACCCUGGGAAGGGUCGAACGAACAACCUUUGAUUUGUUUCUCACUUGGAAAAUAUCUGUUUACAGAACAGAUAUCUUAUCGACAUAUUUGUACGGGGUUCUUGCGACAAUAACAACCUUAAAAGAGGUCGACGUCGACGAUGACGAUUGA